GCAUACAGUCCUGAUCACAGGCAUUGCCAGAUUUGAACAUUGCCGCAUUCUAGGGGUAUACGGAGUGUUGCGGAAGCUGGAUCAAUAUGUUCCCGCCACAACUGUGUAGUACUACGCGCGUCUAACACCGCACACGACACAAACACACGGCACGGAUUCAAUGCGGAAUUUUAUUUUAGAGCGACAUAGUCACUCGGUAUAUAUUCCAGUAAAUAUUCACUAGGAGAGUUAUUAUUCAGUGUGUGGUCUGAUUAAGGAGUCAUAUUUCUUGUUUUCGUAUACGGGUUUCGGACUUAUAGACAAAUGUCAAACCACAAUAUCCAGGCUGAACAGCUCUCAGAAGAACAGAUCGCCGAAUUCAAAGAGGCGUUCAGUCUGUUCGACAAAGAUGGCGACGGUACCAUAACAACCAAAGAGUUGGGGACAGUGAUGAGGUCACUAGGUCAGAACCCGACGGAAGCUGAGUUACAGGACAUGAUCAACGAGGUUGACGCUGAUGGAAACGGAACCAUCGAUUUCCCAGAGUUCCUCACGAUGAUGGCAAAGAAAAUGAAAGAUAAUGACUCUGAAGAGGAAUUACGGGAAGCAUUCAAAGUUUUCGACAAAGACGGAAAUGGAUUUAUAAGUGCAGCCGAACUUAGACAUGUGAUGACAAAUUUAGGAGAAAAAUUAACAGAUGAAGAAGUAGAUGAAAUGAUUCGAGAAGCUGAUACAGACGGCGACGGACAAGUAAAUUAUGAAGAAUUCGUCAAUAUGAUGGCAACAAAGUAGACGUGACUCUGCUAUCUAUAUCCGUUUUCACCAGUUUUUCUAAUCCUUGUUGGAAGUAGGAUUACGUUGAUUUUUUCGUUCCGUCCUUGAGGGUGUUUGUUUGGGACGAGACCCAUACUUUCAGAAAGACAUGAAUAUCGUUUGUACUACAACCGGAAACACUGGAUAUGGAAUAUAAUAUGUCCGGAAUUUGCUUCAUUCAUUUAUCCGGAAGUUGGGCAUAGUGUCUUUCAUACCUAGGAUUCGUUUAUUUAUGUGGAAUCUGGACAUGAUAUAUAGCAUAUCCGGUUUGUUUGCAUUACAAUAUAGUGUGUAACACAGUGUCGUAUUUAACCGGAAGUUGACGGCGUUAUUCAAACAUGUGAUGUCCGGAAACUGGACACCGUAUAAGUAUUGUACAUCUGGAUAUAUUGAGCGAGUUCACUGACCGGAUGUUGGGAACACUUCUUUGCAACCGGAAGUGAGCAAAUGGAAACUUGGUUAGGUUUAACACGUGGAAGAUUGGACCGGAAACUUUAUCACACGCACACCAAGGACAUAGAAUGGCGUCCCAAUCCUGAUAAAAAGCUCACGAUUUUUUCUUCAUUGUUAUUAAAAGUUUAUACAAAUAGUUAGAAAAAAAUAUCAAGUUAUCAAUAUCAUAAGCAACCAUAGUGAGUGCUGCAAAGGAAAGUUUGGGGCACGUGAUAAUUCGUAAACUCUAUCAUAUUUAGUUAAAAGAAGAAAUUCUCAUCUCUUUAGAAAUGCAUUAGCUUUUGAAAUUGUAUUGAAAAUGACUUAAAGUCACAAUUUUAGAAUCUGCAUAAUAAAGGGCUCUGCGUCCUAUUGUC